CUUAUUGCGGCUGUGGUGGUGUCUCACUGUCUCUGCUUCGUCAGCCCCGUGGGAAGGCGUCGGCAGCGGCAAGCGGCGCGGCUGGUGCUCUGGGGCGGCGAGACACGGCCGGCCGAGCCCGGGUGCACGGCUUGGGAAGCCGUCGCAUCGAACCUGCAGGGCGCCACCGCCAAUGCCACCCAUGUUGUUGUUCUCUGCCGGGCCGACGGGUUCCGCCUGGGCCGCCCGGCACCGGUGCUGGCGGCGUCCGACCGGCUCGAGCCCGGCCGCACGUACGUCCUCCUGCCGGCCGACCGGCUGCCCGCGCGCGGCCGGGGCGCGGUCACCGCGGCUUCGCCCUCCGCGCUCUCGUACCACGGCAAGGGCUCGUCUUCUUCUCCGUCGCUGGCCGGGGGCGCAAGGAGUCCGUUCGAGUAUGUCAAGGACGGCGUGGACGGGCGCACGGCGAUCAAGGUCGCGGAGGAGUUCGUCCUGAAGGCCGUCACGGCCGGGAGGGGGAGCAGCAGCCGGCAGGGUGAAUAUGGUCGUCGUUCUGGCCGGCAGCUGAUAAUUUACAGCACGCCGGAGCUGAGGAGGCAGUACGAGCAGCUGGUCGGGGCGGCGAGGUGGUCGCCGCGGCUGGAGACGAUCGAGGAGCGGAAGGCAAGGCCGAGGGUGGUCGACAUCGUCGGGGUCAGCCCCCGUAGACUGUUGUCGCCGGUGAGGCUGCUCCGAUCCAUGGGGCACGGGAGAGUGACUGAGUGAGUUCGUGCAAUACAAGCCAUUAAAGCCAGCGACAGUGAAGGGAUUGGACGCUGAACUUGAUGCACGCACGCACGCUUCUGGUAGAUCGAUGGGUGCAUUUUGUUUAGUUUCAACGAGUUUCUUCAUU